ACUUUGGUGUACAUCGCUCGACAGUCAACAUCUCUUUCUCAUUUGAUACUGUGCGUUUAGUCAGAUCUUUCAUUCCGCGUCGCGGAUAGACGUGGUUUGCAAACUAGUCACUAAGUGGAAUUAAAACAGUGUAAAAGAAAGUAUCGAUUGAAAGUCUCAAUCAAUCUGGAUGAAUUCGACACGAUAGAAUCCAGCAACAAUUAAAACUUUGCGAAGAAACCUAAAGAAAAACAGAAGAAAAAAGGAAUCAUCUCAGAGAAGGAAGAAAAAACAAUGGUGACGGAGGGGCAGCCAGAAGAGUAUGACAAGUAUAAGAGCACGUUGGACGUGGAGACGCUGGAAGCGGCCAGACUGGAGCUUCGCGAGGAUGACAACACGAGGGAACAGGCUUUGGAGCAAUUCCGUCAUUGGAUCCAGAAGCAUCCGGCGAUCAAAAAGUGUAGGACUGACUCGCUAUUCCUGUUGAGAUUCCUCAGGACGAAGAAGUUCAGUCUACCGAUGGCGCAGGAGAUGCUCGAGCGCUAUCUCACCAUCAGACAACUCUAUCCAGACUGGUUCCAGAAGCUCGACAUCGAUGACCCGGACCUCGAAGCCAUCAUCGAUAGUGGCUACUUGGUACCUUUACCGAAACGGGAUCGACACGGUCGAAAAGUGAUACUGUCAUGUGCGGGACGUUUCGAUCCUUGCAAAUUCUCGUCGAUACACAUGGCUCGGGUCCACAGCAUGGUGGUGGAGAGUCUGAUGGACGACGAGGAAAAUCAGAUCCGCGGUUAUACACAUCUCAAUGACGAGUCCGGAUUGACCAUGAGCCAUCUCAGUGCGUGGUCCUUCACGGACAUUCGCAAUAUGUUGAGAUGCAUACAGAACAGCACCCCGAUGCGACACAAGGAAACCCACUUGAUCAAUAUUCCCGGCAGCGUGGCAAAAAUCAUUGAGUUCGCCAUCUCGCUUCUUAAUGAUAAGCUCAAGUCUCGCGUUAUGAUACACAAGGAUAUAGAGGAGCUGAGAGAAGCGAUAGAUCCGAAGAUUCUGCCGAAGGAAUACGGAGGAGAAAUUCCACUCUCGGAAAUGAUCGCUGAAUUCAAAAAGGAACUGAAAGAGAAGAGAAAUCAACUCAAAGCUCUCGAUGAUAUGUACAUCGAGAUUUCACUGAAAGAUUAUCACGCAGCUAAUAACGAAGAGUUGGGUGGAAUAUGCGGUUCGUUUCGAAAGUUGGAAGUCGACUGAGGGCUAAUUUAUUUCUAUUUCAAUCCCGUAUCGAUAGCAUCUAAUUUUAAUAGUUAUUUCCGUCUGCUUGCACAUCAAGGAGCAGUUUUAUAAAAAAUUGAGAUACUUUGUUUUCUUCUCUUCUUAGCGCAAAAUAUCAUUUAUAUAGGAAUAUGUCAUAUUAUGCUGCGACAUAGAAAUUAUAAACAUGUUGAACGAGUAUGCAAAUGAUUAUAAAUGCAUCUCAACAAUUAUAAUUGAUUUUAAAACUAUUCGUAUAGCCAUUUUCUCUUUAGAUUCUAUUUACAACGAAAAAAAUUUUUAAUGUUAAAGCAUUAACAUGUUUAGCAUUAACAUUGGUACAUUGGAUCUGUACAUUAAAUAUAAGGGAAUUUAUUUUUAUGCUGCAAUACCUCGUAAAGAGCAUUGUGUGAAUAGUAUUUCAGUUAUUCAUUAACUUAUGCAAUAAGUCUUUCUUAUAUAACAAUUAAGAUUUAGUAACGCAUACGAGUGAGUUAAUACUCAUUUCGCCGGUGGUACCAAGUUACCUAUGACUUAUAAGUCUUGACUAUAUCUUAGGAUGUGAUCUGACACACCACUCCAAUCGUUCCUUGUCGUUGCAAUUAUCAAGCAUACACUUGCGAUCGCAUCGUUUUAUAAUUAGCAGAAGCUUUAUAUACAUAUAUGAAUUAAAAUACAAAGCUUAAGCAUAUAUGUAAACAUAAGAGUUUAUAAAGUUACAUCUUUGUUGAAGUUUUUAGUUAUGUUUUUAGUGAAUAAAAUAAAACUCUGGGAUGUUUGACAUGAUUUUCUUGUGGAUUUAUAGUAUAUAAUUAUAAUCUUUUAAUUAUUUAGUCAUUUUUAAUUAUUCUAAGUACAUUCAAAUUGUUACCGAAUCCCAAUUAUACAGCACGCAUAUUCUCACUGAUAUUUAGCAGAUAUUUUCUAUUUAGUGAAAAAUGAUAAUUCUGACUUCAUUUCUCUAAUAUGAAAAUUUAUAAAUACAAGAAUAUCAGACAGCCAUCUUAUGCUGAAUAUUACA